AGAGAGUGACGGCUAAAGAGUGCAUAUAAGGUUUUCUCACGUUUCCCUUGCAAGCUAUAUUAGAUGUUAUUACGUUUAAAGGGGUAGAAUUCCUGGGGAGUAGAGCCUGGGGCGUGGCCAGCAGGCGGGGGCGUGGCCCUCUGUCCCAGGUGCUUAGUAACUAACUGCUCUAUGCUUGGAAGCUCAGCUUGGCGACCUUCGUAGAGAAGUAAAGUGGAGUCUGUAGUGGAGACAGUUGUCAAGUCAAGUUUUGCAUAAGAAGUGAACGGCAGGGAAGAUAGUGUGGGACCACCAAGGUGUCCAAGUCUGGGAAUCGGGAAACCCGAUUUCAGGUUCAGCACCACCAUGUCUAUAGGGAAGUCAAAUGAAAAGACGGAGAGUCCUUUCUUGAGUCGUAUCCUUGGGACCAGCACUGUUUUCCGGGGACUUGAAUCCCAUAGGCAACAACUCAGAGGCCUUCUCUUGCCAAAGAAAAUCAAUGAGCACUUUCAACAUGGGCAGGACGCCAUGUCCAGUGGGGAGUGGGAGAAGGCUGUACUCUCCUUCUCCAAAGCCAUCAACCUUAAUCCCCAGCUGGUGGAAGCUUAUGUGCUUCGGGCUGAGGCCUAUAUCCAGCUGUGUGACUUUUCCUCAGCUUCCCAGAACCUUCGAAAGGCUAUUGUGUUAGCCCCAUACCGGCCCCAGUUAAUAGACCGCCUCUGCUUUGUCCUAUAUGUCCAGGGCCAGUGUCUCUUUGAAGAAGAAUCAUACCUGAAAGCCUUAGAUGUGUUCACCCAGGCUUCGGAGCUGCAGCCUCUCAAAUCCUCCUACCGCUUUCGCAGCAUCGCUUGCCUUUUGGCCAUGAAAAAGCAUCAGGAAUGCCUUGGGAUCAUCACGAAAGAAUUAAAGCAGCAUGCCAACCCUGAUGUCUACAUCCUUCGGGCUCGACUCUAUAACUUCUUCCUAAAGCCGAAUCAGUGUUACCAGGAUCUGCACCGGGCCCUUAGGAUUAAGCCUGAGCACCCAGAGGCCAACACAUUGCUGGAGAAAUUGUUGAUGCAGGCCAGAAAGGCCAGGGAGGAAGCAGUGGUCAUGGCCUUGAAGGGGUGCCUGGAGGAUUCUUUGAUCCGGAUCAACUGUGCCAUUGAGAACAGCCCUAUGGAUCCUAACUACUAUUUGUUCAGGGGCACUCUGUUUCGGAGGCUCAAGGACUUCAAUGCAGCCAUUGAAGAUUUUCUCAAGGCUCUAGAGUUGUGCUCAGAAAAUGAGGAAACUGAGAUUCCUCUGCAGGCCCAGCGACAGCUACUUCUUACCUACAAUGACUUUGCGGUCCUCUGCUAUACUAAGGGCGCCUAUGAAGAAGGCGUGUUGCUCCUCAACAAGGCCCUACAGGGUGAAAAGGGAGAGAAAGGGAUCUAUAUCAACAGAGGGGACUGCUUCUUCAAGCUUGGGGAGCUGACCUUUGCUGAAGCCGAUUACCUGGAGGCCCUGGCACUGUCCCCUUGGGACCAGGGUGCUCGGUACCGCAUGGGCAUGCUUAAGGAGAAGAUGGGGCUUCGCAAGCAUCAGAUGAGACAUUACCACAAGGCUGAAGAGUACUUCACAUCGGCCAUUGAAUAUGCCCCAGACAAAGCAAACUUUUACUUCCUUCGGGCCAGGAGCCGCCUAAUGCUGCAGGAUAUCUUUGGGGCUCGUCAAGAUGUUGCCACCAUGCUGCUCCUCAACCCCCAUCACCCCCAGCUGCCUUCUAUGAUAGCAAACCUCUUCCAGGGCCAGUCCACAGAAGACGUGAUGAACAGCAAGACCAUGGUGAUGGCCAGAGCCGUCCUGGACCGGGCGAUUCAGAACAGUAUUCGCCAGGCUCCCACGAAUAUCCUGGGACUUCUGGGCAAGAAUGCUUCCACAGAGGAAACAAAGAAGCGGCAAGACACCCCACGCUUUCUGGUGCCGGUCUCUACCACUGGAGAGACAGGGCCCAAGGACAAGGGUCCUUCGAUUUCCACAAGGCUGGAGGAACAGACUUUAAGCAAGAGCAACCUGAAGCAAGCCUCACAAGGGGAAAAGCCUCAGAGGUCCUCAGAUGACUCAGUUGUUAUUGGGGACACCUCCACCUGGGCAUCCAAGACUGCUGCCACCUAGACCAAACAAAGGGAAGGCAAAACCACAGUGGUCUUUUCCUGAACCAGUGUGUGGACAACCUUGGCUCCUCUUUUCUUGAACCUCAACAGGUGGGCACAGUCCAUAUCCACCCUUGCAUUCUGGGGAGAAAGAAGGUCUAUGGGAUAGACCACUUGACACUGAAGGAAACCCUCCAGCUCACUUUCUCCCUGCCUCAGGCCUCCAGCCUGUCAAUCUACUCUAUUCGUCCCUGCCUCUGGCCUCCUUUCUAGAUACAGUCACGCUUUCUCUAGCCAGAGCAAUAAAGCCUAGACAUACGUU